GCAUGUCAUCUCCAGCAGAUGGCAGCACGCGACAGCUUCAACACAGUGCGCAUCAGAAGAAGAAGAAGAAUGUCACACGUGAAUUUAUAGAGUGAAGUAAACCCAAGUUUAUUUUGAAUUAAACUUUUCACACGGAGCACGAUGAGUGUGUCGAUGCCUCAGAAGCGCUAUUACCGGCAGAGAGCGCACUCCAACCCCAUGGCCGACCACACGUUUCAGUAUCCGGUUUGCCCGGAGGAGAUGGACUGGUCUCCGCUUUACCCGCAGUAUUUUCCGCACCUGGAGGGAAACGGGAGUCCGGAGAAGCUCGACGCGCAGGUGGAGUUCGCGGACAUCGGCUGCGGCUACGGCGGACUUCUGGUUCAGUUAUCAGAUCUCUUCCCAAACCAGCUGAUUUUGGGCUUGGAGAUUCGGGUGAAAGUGUCUGACUAUGUGCAGGACCGCAUUCGCUCCCUUCGAGCGGCUGAGCCGGGCCGGUACCAGAACAUCGCCUGCCUCCGCAGCAACGCCAUGAAGUACCUGCCUAAUUUCUUCAAAAAGGGACAGCUCAGUAAGAUGUUCUUUCUCUUUCCGGAUCCACACUUCAAGAAAACCAAACACAAAUGGCGCAUUAUUAGCCCUACAUUGCUGGCGGAGUAUGCGUACACGCUCCGAGUUGGGGGUUUAGUGUACACAAACACUGAUGUGGAAGAGGUGCACGAAUGGAUCGUCAAACACUUCAGCGAUCAUCCUCUCUUCAGCAGAGUGUCGGAGGAACAGCUGGCUGAUGACAUGAUCAUUAGUCAUCUGGGAACAUGCACAGAAGAGGGAAAGAAGGUUCAGAGAAAUGGAGGCAAAAAUUUUUUAGCAGUUUUCCGCAGAGUGGAAGAUCCCCAGACGUGACACUGUCAUCACACCAUCAGCUGAUUUUCAGUGAAUUCAGCAUGUAAAAUAUUAUUCCUGAAUACGAAUAAACAUUGUUCUUGACAUUUUCUGUAUAUUAAAUGUUUAUUAUAUUAA